CAGCUGUGAGAAGAAAAACUGAUAAUACCACUUGUGUGCAUUCCUCCAUCUUAUAGUUUGCUUGGAGAGGGGAGCCAGCCGGAGCAGCCAAAUAGUUCCCCCCCUUAUCUCUUCUUCACACAUUUUGUACCAUGUCGCUUCGCAGGCUUAGAAGCAACCCCAAAACUAUCGGAGACGUCAAAUUGGUGACGGAGGAGCUCAAAAAUCUGUACUACAAAAGACUGCUGCCAAUUGAAAAGCAUUAUUUGUUCCAUCACUUUCACUCGCCCAGCUACGAGGAUGCAGACUUUGACAACAAGCCGAUGAUUCUAGUGAUGGGGCAGUACUCCACAGGGAAGACAACUUUUAUAAGGUAUCUCAUAGAGCAAGACUUUUUAGGAGGCAGAGUUGGUCCAGAGCCAACGACAGACAGCUUCACUGCACUCAUGCAUGGAGAAGUAGAGGGAAUAAUACCGGGAAAUGCUUUGACGAUGGACCCCAAAAAGCCAUUCCGGAACUUGGAUCCUUUCGGGAAUACCUUUUUGAACAGGUUCCAGUGUGUCCAAAUGCCAAACCCGGUGCUUGAAAAUAUCAGUAUUAUAGACACACCAGGGAUAUUAACUGCAGCGAGGAGGAGACUAAGUCGAGGCUAUGACUUUCCGGCAGUGUUGCGUUGGUUCGCUGAGAGAGUGGACCGGAUCAUCCUGCUGUUUGACGCACACAAGCUGGAGUUUUCGGAUGAGCUAACUCGUGCCUUUGGGGCUCUGUGCGGCCAUGAGGACAAACUGCGGGUGGUGCUGAACAAGGCAGACAGAGUGGAUUCCCAGCAGCUCAUGAGGGUGUACGGCGCCCUCAUGUGGUCGCUGGGGAAAGUGUUCAAGACCCCCGAGAUCCUAAAAGUGUACAUUGGUUCGUUCUGGUCCGAGCCCAGGCAGAAGUGUGAUCACUACGAGCUGAUUGAGUUGGAGGAGGAGGAUCUGCUGAGGGAUAUAAGGAACCUGCCUCGCAACGCUGCCUUAAGGAAACUCAAUGAUCUGGUUAAAAGGGCCAGAUUAGUGAGGGCUCAUGCUCACAUUAUCGGCCACCUGAAGAAGGAGAUGCCCACCAUCUUUUGUAAAGACAGUAAAAAGCACAGCCUCAUCUAUGAUCUUCCAGAAAUCUUCCUCAAGAUCCAGCAGCAACAGCGUGUGCCAGCCGGAGACUUCCCAGAUUGCAUCAAAAUGCAGGAGAAACUAUUAUCUCAAGAUUUCUCAAAGUUCAAGACACUCAAACCCAGUCUGAUGGCCUCCUUGGAUAAACUUCUCACCAUCGACAUCGCUAAGCUGGUCCCUCUGCUCAAGAUACAAGAGCUAACAAAGAAAUCCCUCCCAGGUGUACUAGACGCCGACUUUCUGGGAACGUUUAAGCCGGAGCAUUACAGACGAGACCCCUUUAAGGAAAUUCCCAGGGAAGAGGAGGGCAGUGACGAAGACUUUGAUGAAUGGGCGGUAGAGAAGUACAAGCCAAAGUAUGACGAAAUUUUCUACAAUUUGAACCCAAGUGAAGGUAAACUCAGUGGUACCAAAGUUCGAGAGUGGAUGACAGGUACGCUGCUGCCCAACUCGGUGCUGGCUCAUAUCUGGAGGCUAUCAGACGUGGAUGGGGACGGGAUGUUGGACAAUGAGGAGUUUGCAGUAGCGGUUCAUCUCUUAGAAGGGAAACUGGAGGGUUACUACCUACCCAGAGAGCUCCCCUCGCACCUCGUACCCCCGUCAAAGAAGAUCAGCGCAGCAAGCCAGGAGGAGUAACAAAGACUCACAAAAAAAUGUUCUUUUGACACAUUUUGUAUAGAAAUUGUAUUCAAUAGAUUAACCUGUAUAUACACUUUUUACUUGCAAAAAGCAUACAGGAACACACAGAGACUCCAGCUUUUGCCCACUGUCAGGCAUACAUUAUGAUAGGUGUAUGAAUUUGUCCAAAAAACUUGAGAAUGAUCAGAAAAAUUGAAGUUUCUUGGGACCCUAUACAGUAUUUUACGUAUUUUAAAUAUGCAUUAUGUAACCUUUCUCGUAAGGGGGGGGGGGGGGUCUGCCACUUUAUUUUCUCCAUGGAGAUCGUAUUGCUUUGUCCGUAAUGUUCCAAAGUGUGACAUUAAACCUUCUUGCUUUGAUUAGGUUACAAGAGAUUUAAUAGCAAAAAAAUACUACCAUGAAAACGAUGCAUUCAUACUGUGAGCUGGGCCACCUCUCCACAGAUCUGACCUGUAACCUGGUGGCCUGUAUGGUAUGUGAAAGAUAAGAUUAAUGCCAUACUGUGAAACACUCCAAAACAAUAUGCUCAUGAUGACAAACAGGUGGAAAAUCAGAAAAGUGACAGAGUACACUUUUAUAUGGGUAAGUAGUAUAAAUGAAAUAUACUUUAGGAUGAUUUACUAUUUUUUAUUUAUUUUUUAUUUUUUUUAAUAAUACAAAAAGUUAUUAUUAUGUUAUGAACUUUGCCCCUCUCAUUUAUUAAAAUCCUUGAAGAUAUGUGAAAACUACAUGGCAAAUCUGUUAUAAAAAUGUUUCUUUAACCAGAAUCCAAACGCACACAUAUCUAAUAAAUCACAGAUGUAUUGCUGUACUCACGUAGAUGACAGAAGCGACCAUAUAAACCAGGAGA